AUGCCCGUCGCGGCGUUGCAAGCACCGCUGUCUAGUGCAAGCACCCCUUUGUUUGAGUGGGAGACGCAGCAGUUGACAUCUGAGAUUCUAGAAGGCCUUUCAAAAUCGGAGGGCGUCUGGGAACAUGCAGCUCUUUUCGGAUUCGAUGAUGGCUCUGAAAAGUCGCUUCCCGCAAGCGGGUCAUGCAGGUGCUUCCCCGGGGAAGAUUCAUGGCCAGGGCGCGAGGUCUGGGAUGCAUUCAACCAGGCUCUUCGAGGUGCCUUGAUCCCUACGGUCCCCAUUGGAGCCCCUUGUUUCAGGGAUUGGGAUUUAUAUAGUGAGGAUGAGUGUGCUGCCAUCAAAGCUAACUGGACGAAUGGUUACUUCCACGAAAAUCACCCUACUUCCAUUUUCUUUCCUAUUUUCCAAGGCAGAACUUGCAUGCCCAACGAUGGACAGACGAGCACCUGUACUCUUGGCGGCUUUCCUGAGUAUGCUGUAAACGUUAGCGAUGUGUCGCAGAUUCAGCUAGCCGUCAACUUUGCACGGAAUGCCAAUCUCCGACUUGUGAUUAAGAACACUGGCCAUUGCUAUCUCGGCAAGUCAUCUGGAGCGGGAGCAUUAUCUAUCUGGACGCACAACCUGAAGGACCUGGAGUAUCUGCCUGACUACGACGGUCCAGGCUACCAAGGUCCGGCUUUCAAGGUUGGAGCAGGAGUCACGGUUAGGGAGUUGUAUGAGGCAGCUGAUAGAGUAGGAGGGACCGUGCUAGGAGGUAUCUGCCAGAGCGUCGGCUUUGCUGGCGGAUACGUUGCUGGAGGUGGCCAUACUCCCAUGUCUGGUUACUACGGCAUGGCUGCCGACCACGUCAUGGCUCUUGAAGUAGUGACAGCGUCAGGCGAAUAUGUUACAGCCAGCCCUACGAACAAUACUGAUCUUUACUGGGCCCUUCGCGGGGGAGGAGGGGGGACCUACGGCAUUGUCACGUCUCUCAUCGUUCGUGUGCACCCAAAGAUGCCAGCCGUGACAUCCACCUUCACAUUUUCAACGUCGGAAAAGCUCAGCAACGAACGCUUCUGGGCUGCAGUCCGGAAGUAUCUCGCCAUGUUCAUCCCCUUCACCGACGCCCACACUUAUUCCUUCUUCUGGGUUUAUAACACCAAUGGCACGUACACAUUCGACAUGAAGCCCUUCUUUGCUCCAAACUACACAAUUGAAUCCUUUAACGCCCUGGUGAAACCCUGGUUUGACGAAAUGAAGGCUCUUGGUGUUGAAUUUACCCCCGAUACACAAUUUCACGAAAACUUCUACUCAGCCUAUUCGUCCACAUGGCAACAGAAUGCCGGGCUCAACUCGGCAGGUGGAGUUGUCUCUCUGCCGGGGAACAGGCUCUUUCCUCGCUCAGUAUGGGAGUCUGAAGAAAAGUUUAGCAAGCUCAUCACCUCACUCCGCACCUUAUCCGAGUCAGGUCAACGGUGGGGAGGAUACCAUCAAGCACCGCAGAACCGCGCCAACGCGGACAACGCUGUAUCUCCGGCUUGGCGCAACGUUAUCGCUUUCUUCAUAUCAUCCGCGACCGUUUCCCCCGAUGCGACUUCUGAAGAAAUGAGCACUGCGUCGCGGAGACUAACAUACGAUAUUUUAGGGCCGUGGAGGGAAAUCGCGCCUCACACGGAAGGUGGGGGCUCGUACCUCAACGAGGCGAAUGUUAUGGAACCAGAAUGGCAGGCAGACUUUUACGGGGAAGAGAUCUAUCAGCGGUUGUUAGGAAUUAAGAAGAAGUGGGAUCCUAGAGGUGUGUUCUACGCGACAACAGCAGUGGGGAGUGAAGACUGGGAGGUUCGAGAUGGGAUUGCCGGGGUGCAGACUCAGAAUGGGAGGCUGUGCAGAGUUUGA